ACGCUUGUUCUAUCCUACAAUCAUUCAGGUUGCGAAACCGCUACUGCUUUUUUCUUUCCGGUUCCAAGGGUCUAUCCUCAUCUUAUCAUUACGUUCUGUUAUAUUCGUGUCGUCUGAAAGCAUCGUUCUACCUGCACUGCGAUUAGGCUCAAUAUCCCAAGGGUCGUCAAGCUGAUCAAUACUCUGGCACCUCACUAAUCCGAAGCUUCCUAUCAUUGGACUCACGCUUCAAUGCCUACAUACAAUCCCGACAAAUGGAUAGAGCAGCUGAUGAGCUGCCAGCACCUCCCAGAGGCUGAUAUGAAAGUUCUGUGUGAUCGCGUGCGCUGUAUUCUGAUGGAGGAAUCCAAUAUCCAACCUGUAUCAAGCCCGGUCACUAUCUGCGGUGAUAUCCACGGUCAAUUCUGGGACUUGCUGGAGCUUCUGAGAAAAGGUGGGAAGGUGCCAGAAACGAGUUACAUAUUUAUGGGUGACUUUGUCGAUCGAGGCCACUACAGUCUAGAAACUGUAUCUUUACUCCUUGUAUUGAAGGCAAGAUACCCUGAUAAAGUCACAUUAUUGCGCGGAAACCAUGAAAGCAGACAAAUAACUCAAGUUUACGGCUUUUACGACGAAUGUCAACAAAAAUAUGGGAGUGCAGCCGUGUGGAAAGCAUGUUGUAACGUUUUUGAUUAUUUGAAUCUUGCUGCAAUAAUAGAUGGAGAGACUUUAUGUGUGCAUGGUGGGUUAUCGCCAGACAUAAGAACUUUGGAUCAAAUACGAGUUCUGUCGCGAGCGCAAGAAAUACCCCAUGAAGGCGCUUUCUGUGAUCUCAUGUGGUCAGAUCCAGAUGAUAUAGAUAACUGGGCCGUCAGUCCCCGAGGCGCAGGUUGGCUAUUUGGCGGAAGUGUCACUCGCGAAUUCAACCAUGUGAACUCCCUGCAGCUGAUUGCACGAGCUCACCAGCUUGUACAAGAGGGAUAUAAGUAUAUGUUUGACGAACAAUUGGUGACGGUUUGGUCUGCUCCCAAUUAUUGCUAUCGAUGCGGAAACAUGGCAUCGAUAUUGACUAUUGGCGACCACGGAAGCAGAGAUUUUACUGUGUACGGAGCAGCAGAAGAAAAUGAGCGGGAUAAAGGGAUGCAGACUAGGAAAAUGGGGGCCAUGCCAUAUUUUGUAUAGUUUUGUUGUUAAUUCACGCUUGCCUGUUUAUGACAAUAUAUAUAUUGUCCAGCAU